ACAUGAGAAAAACAUCACAUUGCACAAUUACCUUUACUCUUUGGACAUUUGAACACUGAGAAAUGUAUAUUUUUCUGCAUUUAAUUGCAUGUAGCAACAAAAGUUCAUUUUAUUGCUUUAAUAAAACAAUAAUUAUGUUCAGUUGCAGGUGCAAAGUUUGAUGUCUCCUUAAACCACAAUGUGAUAAUCGUGUGUACAUUUUUAUGCUUCAAUAACUUCAGGAUAUGUUUCGUAUUUUCUUUGUGCAAAACAUAUGUGUUACUGCCUCCGGUUAAAACAUUUAAAAUCUUAAAUUGUGACACAAAAAGUAGGUACUUGUAAAUUUAAAAUUGAAUGAAUUAGGUGCGGAUCCGGUGGUUCGGAUUAGGUGAGGUUGCUUAUAUUAGAGAAAGUUGACAUUGAGUUUUAAUGAAAUAUGUGCUUUAGCUAAGCCAUACUUCUAAAAUCUGAUAAUAUUUGAAGAGCGAUUUUCAAAAUAAAAAGACGUUAAAUGUAAGGUUGUACAUUUUACAAUAUUUUGCUGCCUUUUUAAACUUAACUGAAUGUGUAAGAUUUAUUGCAACCAGGUCCGUUCCUGCAUAUUGUUUUUCCUCAUCUACCACGUAUGUCUUACGACAAAGCAUCUGUGAAAGUAUAAAAAGCUGUCUUAAAAAAGAUGAUAUUAAUCUCAGCAUUACUCAAAGGGGACAAUUGAAGAUGCUUUUUAUGCACACUGCAUACCCUCUCUUGCUUUUAUUUGCUGUCACAGCUGUAGAGUCUGCGUGCAACUAUGGGGUAGUGGGUUUAUGUGGACAAAGACCUUUUCUAUGCCCAAACGGUAGCACGUGCCGUUAUCUAAUCCCUGGAGCAUCAAUCGGAAUGUGCUGUUUAAACAUGCCAGAUCCGCGAUGUCCACCUCCGAACAUGAUGAACAUAUGUCCCUUCAACAUGAUGAGCCCGACCUACAACUGUAUGAACAACAAUGAUUGUACAAACAACCAGGUGUGUUGUCCUGAUCCAUGUGGAGGUACCUGCAAAGACCCUGCGGCUUAAAUAUAGCUGAAAUGUAAACACAACUUUUGAAAUAAAAAGUUUUUAAAGA